AUGACCGUCACAAAAGUCCAUCCUACGGAAGUUAAAGCUUAUAUAGAUGCUACCUUAGAAGCAUUGCAUAAGGAGCUACGAGAGUUAAAUCACCAGAUCUGGUCAAACCCCGAACUGGCGUACCAGGAGCACCGUGCUCACGACACAAUCUGCAACUUCAUCGAGAAACAGGGUUUCACGGUCACGCGUCAUGCCUACGGCCUCGAUACAUCGUUUGAGGUGUUGAGUGGAUCCGGCGGCCGGUUGAUCAACUUCAACGCGGAAUAUGAUGCUUUGCCUGAUAUUGGACAUGCCUGUGGCCAUAACCUGAUAUCAACUAGCAGUGUUGCUGCAUUUGUUGCUCUAUCACUUGCCUUGAAGAAAUUCGGCAUCCAAGGGCGAACACAGUUGUUGGGUACGCCGGCGGAAGAGAAUGGAGGUGGCAAAGCGAAACUUAUUGAAGCCGGGGCCUACAAGGGUGUUGAUAUCUCACUUAUGGCUCACCCCGGACCCGAAAAACUGUAUCCUGGGCAGGAGUGCUGCGGAAUUGCUGGAACGCUUAUGAACGCCAGAAAGAACAUUCACUGCGAAUUUACGGGUCGCAAUGCCCAUGCAGGCGGUAACCCGUGGGAGGGAAUAAACGCCUUGGACGCGUUGAUCUCCUCCUAUAAUAAUGUGGCAGUGCUGAGGCAACAAUUGCUUCCGGAUCAGAGGAUUCAUUGUGCUUUCUUGGACACACCGAAGGUGGCCAACGUGAUCCCUGCAUACACGAAAGCUUUUUGGCAAGUUCGGAGUCCUACCCUCAAGGGACUUAACACUUUAGUUGGAAAGGUACGCAACUGCAUUGAGGCAGGCGCAUUGGCAACUGGCUGUCAGGUCAAGAUUGAGGAGGAUGAGCUUUACACAGACGUUCGACUGAACGACACCCUGUGUGAGCGGUAUCAAACUCAUAUGGGAGGAUACAAGCGUGAUGUGCUGAAGCGCCAUGACAAGGUCUUGACGGGGUCAUCUGAUAUAGGAAACGUCAGUUACGAGACUCCUACGCUUCACACAAUGUUCGGCAUACCCGCACCGGAGACAUCCUUCCCUCACCAUCCCACAUUCGCCGCUGCAGCUGGAACGGACGAGGCUCAUACGGAGGCAGUGAUUGUUGGCAAAUCGUUGGCUUUGAUUGGAUGGGAUAUGGUCACAGAAGACAGCUUGUACGACACGGCACGGGCUCAAUGGCACGACGAGAUCGCGCGGGUUGACUAG